CCUUACAGUCCCAUUAAAGGAAUAAUGAUGUUGCGACCACUUCUCUGUUAUGUUGAGUACUUCAUGGGCUUCAUGUAAAACUCUCCUCCUGUGGGUUGUUAAUUUGACAUACAAGCUCGCAAUAGAGAAGUGCAUGCUUACGCAUGUUAUAGAAUCAACAUUUCAAGACAGAGUUGGAAGGCUGAAGGUUUUGAAGUUAUAUUUCCUGUAUAAUUUCAUGUUCUUGUUAAAAUUGAGCUGACGUUAUACCCUGGAAGAAUUUUCGGAGGCGGUAUCUCAAGAUACUGUAUGUAAAGCGGACUGCUGAAAGUAAAAUAACGAUGCAAGUUAAGUUGCAUUUUACUUCAACAGUGCCUUCCGUUUGCAACAAGUUGUUCAGAGUAUUCAUACUUAAACAGUCUACAUACAAUGUCUGGACCAUUUUUUAUUUUUCCAUAUAGCACAUUUAUGCACUUUUUCAAAAUUCAUUGAUUGUCCUUUUAAAAGCAAUAUCACUGGCCUAAAAUGUCUCUGGGAAAUCGGCAAGCAGCUGAGACUCUUCUCCAUGGAGAAUUUGGAGUCUAUCCAUCCAAGGGUAUUCGCUAUGCACUAAGUCUGACUCAAACAGGACUCCACAUCCAGAGGCUGGUUCCCAAGCCUGACGACGACCAACGAACAGUGCUGCCAAUUCUUGAUAUGGUUGGUUGUCAUACUUUACGAAGUCGUGGGUCUGCAGACACAUUUGCUUAUUUUUCCAUCUACUCCUACCCGCUAAAAAAAAAGAAAGUGACUAUGGGCUCCAGCCGAACACGCCAGAGGUCUGUUCGCACAUUCAGGGUUGAUGAAUCAACAGAAUAUAAUAAAAAUCAAGCUACUGCAGAGAAGUGGGCAACUGCAAUCAAAUGCCUUAUCCAAGGCAUUCCCAUUAGUGGUGAAACAGAAUUGGUUCCUGAAAUACUGCCUAGGCCACGACGAUUAAUGUUGCUGCUGAAUCCAUGUGGUGGACGAGGCAAUGCUUUCCAACAGUGCCACUCGCAUAUCCUGCCUAUGAUCACAGAAGCAGAUAUCAGUUAUAAUCUUAUUCAAACAGAGCGACAAAAUCAUGCACGAGAGUUGGUACAGAGCAUUAAUCUGGAGGAGUGGGAUGGUAUAGUUGUCAUCUCUGGGGAUGGACUUCUUUAUGAGGUUAUUAAUGGUUUGAUGGAACGCCAUGAUUGGGAGGAUGCAAUAAAAAUGCCAGUUGGAAUUCUUCCCUGUGGCUCCGGAAAUGCCUUGGCUGGAGCCAUCAAUUUCAAUGCAGGGUUUGAACAGGCAAUGGGGUCUGAGCUGCUGCUUAAUUGUACUUUACUGCUCUGCCGGGGUACAAUACUGCCUAUGGACCUGGUGUCUGUAACAACUUGCUCUGGAUUACGUUCAUUCUCCUUUCUAAGUGUUGCUUGGGGUUUUAUUUCUGAUGUGGACAUAGAAAGUGAAAAAUACCGCCAUAUGGGCUCUGCCCGUUUUACAGUAGGAACUAUGGUAAGGGUGGCCUCACUCCGCACAUAUAAAGGCCGCCUUUCUUAUUUGCCAGUACUAGAUGCUCACCGUCCUAUUUGCAGAAGUAUUACUUUGGCUGCGAAUGGGAGCCUUAUUCCAUUCCAGCGUUCCCAGCUGCACCGUACCAUUUCAGACAUGGGACUCUGUGAAGAACGCAAUGUUAUGUAUAAGCGCAGCUCUGCUUCUCUGGAUACCAAUGAGCUGCCAAGUUUUGAGACUUCGCCAUCACCAGGCUCCCCAACAGCUUUGCACUCCUCCAGCUUCAGCUUUGAUUCUGUAUUGGACCCACUACACCAAGAAGGCUUACAACACAGGGGAACGGAACCUACGACAUUUUAUCAAGUAAAUGGACCCAAGGAUGACCUUUUGCCUCCCAUAGGACAACCACUACCAAAGACGUGGGUGACAGUUGAAGAUGACUUUGUAUUGGUGUUGGCAAUGUAUGAGAGUCAUUUGGGGGCAGAUUUAUUUACUGCACCAUUUUCUUGCUUUAACGAUGGGCUAAUCCACCUCUUCUUUGUAAAAGCAGGAAUUUCACGGGCAGCCCUUGUUCGCCUUUUCUUGGCAAUGGAAAAAGGCACCCACAUUGAGAUGGAAUGUCCAUACCUUGUACAUGUCCCUGUUCAAGCCUUCCGUUUGGAACCGCUUACACGUAAGGGAAUAAUUACUGUUGAUGGAGAACGGGUAGAAUACGGGCCUAUUCAGGCUCAGAUACAUAGCGGACUAAGCAAUCUUAUUACUGGGUCUAGUAAAGUACACAUGACCUCAUACUAGAGAUUUUGCUCUUCCAGGCUCUGUUGUGCAAUACCAAGUUGUCUUCGGUGCUGUUGAUGCCUGUACUACAUAAUAAAUAGUACAACACUGGAUGAGGAAGUAUGUUAAAAAGUAAUAACAUUUUGUUAAGCAUGUGCUUAACACUUUUGCUAGUUGGCUUGUAAAGAAUGCCUUACUGUGUUCCUUUUUGAACAUGUGUAACAUGAAUAAAAGUGCAGGUUACUUUAGAGUCCUAACUAAUUUAGUGAACAAUAGCUUAAUAAACAUGCAUACGUUAAACCUUUUGAGGGAUAUAGGGAAAUGUGCCUGUGUGCUGGAGGCUACCAUCUUUUCCUUAGAUAUACUUGGUUGUCCAUCAUACUGUAACAAAUAUGCUUCUGGACAUGUUUUUAAGCUACAUCUUCAUUAUUAAAUCCUAACAGGGAACUGCUUGGGCCUUUUAUUUGUAAAUAUUUUAAUUGUCUGUCUACAUAAAGAAUGUACAUGCAUAGCUGUGUUUAAAAACAAACAAAAAAAAAAAACUGAUAAAUACUAUAACUUUGAUGCCUAGCUAUUGUUUUAAUAUUAACUGGGAUGAAAAACGUAGCCACUAAAUUCUACCUGGUGAAACCAAGAUAAUUUGAAAGAGAGAAUGUAAGACUAUGAAUUAAUUUUUAUUAAUUUUUUUGAGAACGGUUUGGCUAUUUUUCCCAAAUUAUAUACAUUUUAAUAUGUUGUGCAUUGAAUGUGUAGCUCGAAAUCUCAGGGUUUAGUAAAUUAUUUAGUUUCUAAAAAUUAGUUUGAUGUAUAGGAAUCGUAUCAUUCGUUUCCAUAUAGUUGGCCAUUUUGGUUAGUGUUUCCUCUGGUUUUUAAUAUUUGAGUAAUCUGUUGGGUAGAGAAUGAAUUCUUAAAAAAUAAAACAAAAUUAGACCGCC